AUGUUUGUUACUCAUUUUUUCAUCGUUUUUACGUGUCCCGGGACCAAUGUGCUUGCAGGUGUGAUGAACCGUUCUAAAAACUCUACUACAUCAACAGACGCGGAUCGUUUAUCACUUCUCGACAUGGACGUUGAGCUAGCCAAGAUUACGGACACCUGUCUCAGCGAUGCCGAUUAUGAACAGAUAACAGGAAACUAUGUGAAAGCCUUCCUGGCUCGGGAACCAACCUUGGCGGAAAUGCAGAGCGCGUCGACGCCUGAAGCAUGCUACGAUUUGAGAGAGAAUAGAAUUGCAUCGAGGCGAAGCUACGCUGGCGAGUAUUUAUUCCCACACAACGUAGCGACUGUCAUCGAAAUGGAGUGGUGUGACCACCCGUUCCAACAGCUCUACUACAUCAACAGACGCACAAUCUACUCUGUUACCGAGAUCAAAUCAUCUUCGGUUUUCGAUACAGACGACGAGCUGACCAAGAUUGCGAACACCCGUCUCAACGAUGCCGAUUAUGAACAGAUGACAGGCAACUACCUUAAAGCUAUCAUAGCUCGAUCACUUUCCUAUAUGUUGAUCCCCGAGUGCGUCGCCAAAAUAGGUCAUCAGGAAAUGCUGGCAGCUCUAAAAUUCUCACCAAAUAAUCCGUGGCAAAAGUACAACGAUACGAUCCCAACCGAAACUGAACUGCAGAACGCGUCCACGCCUGAAGCAUACUACGAGUUGAAAAGCUUAUGGAGACAAAGAAUAGAUGACCAGUUUUUAUUCGAACGCAGCGUUACGACAGGCGAAUCUAUGUUGGCUACUUAUUUUCUCAUUUUUCUCAUCAUUUGUAUCUGUCUCGGAAAUGUGCUUGCAGAUGCAGAGCGUUUAUCACUUCUCGACAUGGACGUUGGGCUGGACAAGAUUGAGGAUACCUGUCUCAGCAAUGCCGAGUAUGAAAAGAUGAUAGGAAAUCAAAUGAAAGCAUCCGUGGCUGGAGUAUUCAUCUCUACUUGGUUCGCUGAGAGCGUCGCUAUAAUAGGUUUUCAGGAAAUGCGGAAAAUUCUGAAAUUCUCACCACCUCAUCCGUGGCAAUCGUACAACGGUACAGAACCAACCUUGGCGGAAAUGCAGAGUGCAUCCACGCCUGAAGCAUACUACGAUCUGAGAGAGAAUUGCAUUUCAUCAAGGUCAACCUACGUUGGCGAGUAUUUAUUCUAUCCAAGAAAUCAAGUGAUAGAUAAAACAACGGUUGAUGACAUGAUGAACGAAUUGGACUACACUCGUCUUAGAGUAAGGAAAGCGACUGACAAGGUGAUCCACAGGACUAAAUGGGACGACUGA